AUGCAAAGCUGCGGCGUCACAUACCCAUCAGAUGAGUUGUUCAAGCCCGAGACACCUAAACUCUACUAUGCUGACGGGGGGCCUCAGUUCGGUAGGGAGAUAGUUCUUAUGAUCGCAGCACCGUACGUCCUGGACCCACCCAACUGCUUCGACCAGGUCUCCGUGAACGGUGAACUGAAGGACCUUAGCGAAAUGAGCAAGUCGCUGAUUGCAUCAGCAUCCGACCACUUCGUCAUCUUGAAGUUCAACAGCGAACUCAUUGGACCAUACGAGACCCUGCGCUAUAUGCCGCCACUUGAAUGCCGAUGCGUCACCAAGGUUGUCGUCCUGUCUGCCAUCCAAAUCGAGAACUACUACUCCAAGUAA